UAGAUUUUGUAAACAGUGACGCAAUUGUUCCCCUACUGCGGACGUUGGUAGCUCACUAAUUGUUUUAAAGGAAAUUACGCUAAAUGGUGACUACCGUCAGUCCUUCAACAUACGUAACAGGCCCCCUUUUAUUCAGUCCAAAAGGCUAAUUUGCUGUUCGAAGGCCAAGCCGGUUGUGAAGAACAGAAGGCAGACGUCCUACAUAGAAUUAUGACUCCAGGGUGAACCAACUACACUUCAGCCCAUCCAUCGAAGACUGGCAGGACGAUGGCCUCCCCAGCAAUUACUGGAGAGUCCUUUUCCUCUCCAUCCUGAUGUUUCCCUUUUGAGCUGCUUGACCUCCCAGUUGCCUGUCCUCUGUCUGUGAUUCGGAUAUCUCCCUCCGUCAAAAAACAUUAAACGCAUUCGUCUGGCGGACAUGAAACGGCUGCACCUACGAUAAGGCUUCAAACGCCUCCUCGUGUCCAAAGAGAAGCGUGGAAAGGUGAAGAGAUGCACACUGGGAUUUUCCUCCAGAGCAUAAGAAUAACUACAUGCUGCUUCACCAUGUUUGCUUUGGACUCUGCUCUCCAUUAUUAGACCUGAGUCAGUCGAUCUCAGAGCCCGACUUGUGAAUUUGUCUGGCCGUCUUCUGAGGGCUGCUGUCCCGGAGCGCCUUCUCCAUAUGACACUUGAAGAAAAAGCGAAGCCUUGCCCCAUGGCGUCACAGAAUGAGCGUUGCCCCUCGGCUGCUAUCCGGGAGAGGAGAGGAGGACGGCCACGUUCUCUAUCUGAGAAGCGUAUGAGAGUGUGGGAGAGGCAAAUUAUGCCAGAGAGAUGUGAGGCAGCCGCGUCCUUGAGAACUGCACCGCAACUCUUCUAGGGAGACCGAGGACGGCAAUGAACUUAUCGAAGGGCCCACUGGUGAACAGCAGCACUGACGACAGCUCCAAGUCAACGUACGGUAAAUGCGGCGCUGGCGCCUGGAGGAUGCACCCGAGCUACGAGCCCCUCGAGGCCAACCACAUGAGAGACCCACAUGCCCUCUACAACCCAAGGCUUCUCUGCAGAAUGUCCAGUAAGGAGCGCCACCUAGAGUCAAACUGUCCGUCCUCGUAUAUAAAGACUGAGCCAUCUAGCCCCGCCUCUCUGACCGACAGUCUAAACCAUCACUCCCCCGGCGGCUCCAGUGACGCGUCAGGCUCCUAUUCGUCCACCAUGAACGGCCACCCCAACGGUUUGGACUCCCCGAGUCUCUAUGGCUCCGGCGCGGGGCCCCUUGGUCCCGCCGGCGGUCCCGGAUCAAAGUGCUAUGAGGACUGUUCGUCAACGAUUGGAGACGAUUCGCAGAUCAAGUGCGAAUACAUGUUAAAUUCCAUGCCAAAAAGGCUGUGUCUUGUGUGCGGGGACAUUGCUUCCGGCUACCAUUACGGUGUGGCGUCAUGCGAGGCCUGCAAGGCCUUCUUCAAACGCACCAUUCAAGGCAACAUCGAAUAUAGCUGUCCAGCCACCAACGAGUGUGAAAUCACCAAGAGGAGACGCAAGUCGUGCCAAGCCUGCCGCUUCAUGAAGUGUCUGACUGUGGGCAUGCUGAGGGAGGGUAAGGGAAAAGGUGUCCGUUUGGACAGGGUUCGCGGUGGAAGGCAGAAGUACAAACGCCGGAUAGAUGCAGACAACAGUCCUUACCUGAACCCUCAGCUGGCUCUGCCCGCCAAGAAGCCAUUUGCCUUUGGCUGCCUUGCAGAUAACAAAAUCGUCUCUCACCUACUGGUGGCCGAGCCAGAGAAGAUCUACGCCAUGCCUGACCCGACAGUACCAGACAGCGACAUCAAGGCCCUGACUACGCUGUGCGACCUGGCCGACAGAGAGCUGGUGGUCAACAUCGGCUGGGCCAAGCACAUCCCGGGUUUCUCCACACUGUCUCUAGCAGACCAGAUGAGUCUACUGCAGAGCGCAUGGAUGGAGAUCCUGAUCCUGCGUGUUGUGUACCGCUCGCUUUCCUUCGAAGACAAGCUGGUAUACGCUGAGGAUUACAUCAUGGACGAGGACCAGUCAAAACUGGCAGGACUUCUCGACCUGAACAACGCCAUCCUGCAGCUGGUCAAGAAGUACAAAACGAUGAAGCUGGACAAGGAGGAAUUUGUCACCCUGAAGGCUAUCGCUUUGGCUAACUCAGACUCGAUGCACAUCGAGGAUGUGGACGCGGUGCAGAAGCUCCAAGACGUGCUCCACGAGGCCCUGCAGGACUACGAGGCGUCCCAGCACCAGGAGGACCCCCGGCGGACGGGCAAGCUCCUCAUGACCCUGCCCCUUCUCCGUCAAACCUCCACCAAGGCCGUGCAGCACUUCUACAGCAUCAAGCAGGACGGCAAAGUGCCCAUGCACAAACUCUUCCUGGAGCUGCUGGAAGCCAAAGUGUGAGGGCGGAAAGUACAAACAGUUCUCCGUCUUUUACACGCCAACACGCACGCAAACACUCACGAUGAUAUGCCCCUUAAGUACGCCCACUACGACUCAACAAGUAAGCUAUUCCGCUAACGUCAACCUCUGCUGUCUAAGAUUUUAAUGAAAAGGCUCAGUUGAGCUUUUGAUUGGCGAGGUGGCGCUGACUGACACGACCCCCCCGUCUCCCAAACGAGGAAAGAAGAAGACACUUACUGCUGUUGUUAUUGUGUGUGUGCAAAAACACUGACAGUGACCCUCGCAUAUGCAUUUAAUGACGGCAUUAUUCAUAAGAAAGUGUUCAAAUGAGGACACGUUCAAAAGGAAAAUGUUCAAAGGACCGAUGAGACGUUUCCCCCUCGCCCCACCAUAUAAUUUUGUAAGUGUUUAAGAAGAUAAAGGGAAAAAAAAACUAAAGAAGUAUCAAAGACAUUUGUUAUCACAUUAUGUGUACUUUGACAUCUGGAUGGACAAAGAAGAAGAAGAAGAAGAUGAUUAGAUUGAGAUUUUCCUGCCUCAAGAUGGAGCACUUCCAUUCAGCAGAUUUCACUAACUUUUUGUCAUCAGCCCAAAUUCUCUAGCCUUUUUUUGUUGUUGUUGUUGUUGUUUAAACAUUAAUCCAAGGCCCUG